UUUUUCUUUCUCUUUUUUUUUUUUCCUAAGGGGUGGAAAGGACCUCGCGAAAUAAAAGUGCAGAAAGAAGCCGGUGGCUCCCAGAGCGGCCGGGACGGGCGCGGCGGGAGCCCCCAGCGUAGUGCAGCUCAACGCGGAGCCGAGCGCGGAGCCCACCUGCCCUCGGGAGUCAGCAGCAGCAGCAGCCGGCUCCUCGCUCCGCACCUUUUCUCCCCGCGUACUGAGAUCCUAAUACGUUGACUUUAAUUUUUUUAUUAUUAUUAUUUUUUGUUAUCCCUCCUCCCGGCUUUUCCUCCAGGACUUUUCCACCGCCUUGGGACACCCGCAAACUUCUGCCUCGCUUCCCUCCUUCCCUCCCGCCCGUCCUUUGCUGGUAGUUUUGUGCUUGUUUUGGUUUUGUUUUGCUUUUUUUGUUGUUGUUGUUUGCUUUUUGGAAGACCCGCCUUGCCUUUCUCCUCCCGUGCCCCACCGGAGAGGCCGGGAGCGGCUCGGGCAGCACCUCCCCGGCGCACGGCGUGCGAGCCCGGUGGCCCGGCCCGGCUCGGAUCGGCGCGGCUCGGCUCGCCUCGGCCCGGCUCGGCACGGCACGGCUCGGCUCGGGCGCUCGCCCCCGAUAAUGCAGAGCUACAAGUACGAUAAGGCGAUCCCGCCGGAGAGCAAGAAUGGGGGCAGCCCGGCGCUGAACAACAACCCGGCCAAGAGCAGCAGCAAGAAAGCCCUGCUCAUCUGCCUCGACUUCCUCUGCCUCGUCAUGGCUGGGUUGCCCUUUCUUAUCAUUGAAACGAGCACAAUCCAGCCCUACCAGCGGGGCUUCUACUGCGACGAUGACAGCAUCCGGUACCCGCUGAAGUCGAUGGAAACAAUCAACGACGCAGUGCUGUGUGCUGCGGGCAUCCUCAUUGCCAUCCUCGCCAUUAUAACGGGAGAGCUCUACCGCAUUCACUACCUGAAGGAGAAGUCGCGUUCCUUUAUCCAGAACCCCUACGUGGCCGCACUGUACAAGCAGGUGGGCUGCUUCGUUUUUGGCUGUGCCAUCAGCCAGUCCUUCACAGACAUUGCCAAAGUGUCCGUCGGGCGCUUGCGGCCCCAUUUCCUGGAAGUUUGUGAUUUGGAUUUCUCCACCAUCAACUGUGCGAAGGGAGUUUACAUCCAAAACUACACCUGCAGGGGAAGUGACAGCAAGGUCCAGGAAGCCAGGAAAUCCUUCUUCUCCGGGCACGCGUCCUUCUCCCUCUACACCAUGCUGUACUUGGUGUUUUAUCUGCAGGCCAGAUUCACAUGGAAGGGAGCCCGCCUGCUACGCCCCCUCCUCCAGUUCACCCUCAUCAUGAUGGCGUUUUACACCGGUCUGUCCCGUGUGUCGGACCACAAGCAUCACCCCACCGACGUUCUGGCCGGCUUUGCCCAGGGAGCCUUGGUGGCUUACUGCGUGGUGUUUUACGUCUCAGAUCUCUUCAAGCCCAAGACAAAGACUUGCCUGCCUCCACCCCCUAUCCGGAAGGAGAUCCUUUCACCUGUGGACAUCAUUGAGCGGAAUAAUCAUCACAACAUGGUGUAGACCUUUGAGAAGUCAGAUGGGUGUUGUAUUUUAUUUUAAAGUAUUUUUGUUUUUUGCAAAAGAGAAAAAAAAAAAGACUGCUGACAGCAACUACCUGCUGCUCUCAAAUCUCAUCAGACAGUAGAAUGUAGGGAGAGACUUUCUUGCCCGACCAGUAAAGUCUUACUCUGUGGUCUUUUCAACUUGUGACAUUUGGAUGAAAGGGGUGGUGGUCAACCGAGUCAAAAGCGACAGUGAGAAAGAGGAAAAACAAGCAGAAAGAAACAAAAAGAACACAAACAGAGAGGUGCCGGCGUUCUGGAUGUGCAAUUGGUUUGAGUGUUCAUGUUGUAGUGAACGCCAAAUUGUUCAUGGCCUAAUGAACACUAAGGGAUUUUUGGAAAGCUGGCCGUCUUAGUGGGUUUUUUUCACUAUGAAGAUUUCCAAUGCCUGCGAGGGGAAAAAAAAAGACAACUCAUGACUAAAUUGAUUAGCACUAUAUAUGAGGAACAGCACUGAGUCAAGAUCUGGGGUUGGUUUGUAAGAGUUGCUUUUUUUUUUCUCUUUUUGAGACUAUUUUAUUUUUGCCUCCUCUCUUCCAUACUGUGACUUAGUUUAGAAGAAGCUUGCCCAGUCAAAGGCCUCCGAAAGGUCUCUGUUCACACUACACGCCUCUAACAAGCAGUCCUGAGAUGUGCAGCGAGGCUGGAUAACUCCAUCCUCUGCACAGAGAAACCACAUUUCCUCUCCACUUGCUCCCUGGUGAGGGCUUAUCCUGCCUAAACCCCCAGCACCCACAAAUGACCCUUCCUCCAAAGACCAUCCUCCGCUUCCUGGCCAUCUCCCUCACUCUCCCACGCUCCCCUAAAAGAAAUCCCAGCAGAUCUUGUGCGCGCCCACGGGAGCUGGCAGCUCACGAGAGGAUAGCGGCGGCUCAGAUGAAGAUGCAUUCGCACUACAACCUCAGGGCUGAGUCCUGGGGACACUUUUAUUCUGCAGUUUUUGGACAAGCUGCUGGGCAGCACGUCCUAACCUGGGUGUCAGUUGGUUUGUGCAUCCUACCCCCAAUCCUCUUUUUCCUCCUCCCUUGGACACCUUGGUGUGCACCACAGCAGGUACCAGGUCCUGUGCUCCGCUCAGUGCCACCGGUGGCAAAGCAGUCAUGCCCGAGAUCCAGCGUGAUUAUUCUUGGGUUAUUUUUUUUUUAGUUCUUUUCUUUUUCUUUGCCCAGAAGCCACAGGCUCUUGGUUUGCAGCCCUUUCACAGAGCAUUUGCAAAGGGAUCCCGCCAAGCAUGCAGAACAGCCAUUUGCACAUCCUUCUCACAGAAUCCGUCCUAUCAUUUCAACUAUAGCAAGCUAUGAUUUUUUUAUAUAUAUAUAUAAAUAUUAUAUAAAUAAUGUAUAAAAACCUUAAAAAUUAACUAUGUAAAAUAUUAUUUCUGAAACAAUUUUAGAUAUAUCCACUAUGACUAUAAACUGUGUCCUGACCUGUGUUAUUUACAUUUUGCUGCUUAAAAAAGCAUUGGAUUAAUUUUUUUUUGUUUUUAUAGUCGACUAAAAUAUUGU